GUUGAGGUUGAAGAGUUGAAGGAUCGUGAGUCGUGACGCCAUGAUUGCUUUGCAGUUGCUGUGUGAUUUGUUUUGUUCUGUAUAGAACAAAUAAAGAACAUGUGCUCUGCAUAUGUUUUUAUUGAAGGGUAUUCAGUGGUAUUAUUCUGGUUGUAUAGCAUAACUUCAUGUUUUCCCAUAGAGUGUCCUUGAGAAAUAACUUGUGCAUUUCCACUUUAACAUCUAGAUGAGAUUCAAGAAGAUGUUCUGAAUAUCAUCUGCAAAAAUGGUCAACUCGUGGAUAGAUUACUUGGAUAUUCACAGUCGAUCGCGGUUGUAACUUAAAUGCAUGGCGAUAGAAAAAAAAGCGCCGGGGAUAGUGUUUUUGUACGUGCUCCUCUCAAACUUAAACGGAAUGUAAUUAUACACAAUUUUAAAUGCAUUCUUUUAAUCAGUUACAUACAGGGACUGUUGAGGUAGUAGUCAAACCUAAAACAGUUUUCAAACUACCUUCAACAAUGUGUCCUGGUUGACGAAAUCACUUUCGCGUGUUGUAAGAACGACCAACAGAAAAGGGCGUAAGCAAGAACCUUGAAUAGCGGAAUGAAGGAAUAGUAAAGCCGCAGACGUUCUUUUCCAAUAGCCUACCUGCCGAUACCAACUGCAUUGAAUGCAAAUGACGAUGUCUUCGGUUUUUAUAUGCUAAACUGUGUUAGAUCGGCUGCAAAAUUCCCGCAAGCCACACCUUUACUUAAAGAUAGUAAUGGUAUUCGCUGAAGGGGAAACUUUUCUUAUCCUACCCUAUAAAAGGAUGACUAUCGAAAGCUCAUUUAGAUAUCAAUCAACUUACAACUCAAUCACACUUUCUAAUUCCUGCUACAUACCAGAAGCAACAGACGGGGUUUCUUAUUUAAGUAGGCAUGCUAACAGUGGAGUUGUUAUUCGAUACAGUACUCUCCGAACGUAUAGUAGUGCGCUAAUAUUUCUCCUUUUUUUGUAAUUUUUUAAAGGACUCUUUGCAUUUUCGUACACGGCGAAUCAUUCUUGAAGCAAUUUAAUUCAUGUUUUUAUUUUAUUUCUUAAAGAAGAGUAGUAGCUCACUCGGUUAGAAAAACAGAAUUUAAAAUGUUGUGGGUUUUAUUUAUUUUACCCAUUGCUAUUUUGGCCCGUCAUCCAAGUCCAAAUUCCAUUGCCAUUGUCGCUAAUGGUGGAUGUGGACCUCAGUAUGCCUGUAAGCCGGCUACCCAGUGUUCCGUUUGGUAUGACGAACUUCGUACGCAUUCAUCGAAACCUUGUUCGGAUGCUCGAGGGUUCAUUGGGCUCUGUUGUCCAGAUGUUGUUCACGUGAAAUCAACCAAGUAUCCAACAAUCCAUAAAAUUCGCCUGCUCCCUCCUGUGCAAUCUGUUCCAACGAAAAUUUUAGAGAAAUCCGCCCGAUCAGCUCGUGCUGAUUUGCUUCAAAUUAACGCUAUCGAAGAAAAUCUAAGCAGUAGAAAAGUUAUGAUGAGUGAAACUUCAAUGGCUUGGGGGCACUCAACUAAUAUGGCUCCUUUAGAAAUGUCCCGCAUUCAAAGCGACAAAGCCCUGUUGGUCGUUAACGCUGCUCGACGAUUGCAGGACAAGUUACUACUUUCACCAGAACAGGCUGGACUUGGAUUACAAACGAUCGACACAAGAUUAAGUUUGUUAGAGGAUACAUGUCCUCGACUCCCGGUAUGUGUAAUUACAAAAUAUCGGACUUUUGACGGCACUUGCAACAACUUGCAACAACCUUCUUGGGGUAGCGCAUUAACGCCACUCGAACGCUUAGCUACACCGGAAUAUGGUGAUGGUAUAUGGGAUCCAAAAAUCGGUAAUUCGGGAAAACAACUUCCCAAUGUUCGUGUCAUCAGGAAUAUAAUCGUUACAGAUAAAAACUAUCCAGCUGUAGAUAUGACGCAUAUGCUUAUGCAAUGGGGGCAGUUUGUGGAUCAUGAUAUGAUCCAUGUCCCAUCGUUCCGAACUGCCAAUCAAUCCAACAUUGAAUGCUGCACUGCAGAGGGUGGGAUCAUUCCACCUGAAAUGCGCCAUCCUCACUGCUUCCCAAUUGACAUUCCAGCCAACGAUCCUUUCUAUGGUCCCAGAGGUGUACGAUGCUUGAACUUCGUUCGAUCCAUGAUUGCUCCUCGGAUAGAAUGUCGAAUGGGUUAUGCGGAACAAAUGAAUGAAAUUACUCAUUUUAUCGAUGCUUCACAUAUAUACGGACCAUCACCCGUUAUUGCUGCCAGUUUGCGUCAGUUUGUAGGAGGUCGUCUGAAAAUCUCCAAAAUUGAAGGUCGGCCUCUCCUUCCCCAAAAUCCUCAAGAUAAAAGUUGUAUUGGCAAGGCUCCUGGAUUUGGUUGUUUUGUAUCAGGCGAUGUGCGUACCAAUCAAAUUAUGACACUUACAUCGUUGCACAUCAUUUUCCUGCGUCAGCAUAAUUUACUUGCGAACAAAUUGGCUGCUAUCAACCCUCAUUGGAAUGAUGAAGUUCUUUAUCAGGAAACUCGACGCAUUGUUGGUGCCUUGAUGCAGCACAUCACCUACAACGAAUUCCUUCCGUCUUUACUCGGUCGAACAACGAUGGACGCUUAUGGCCUCACGCCGCAAACCACUGGAUACUCUUCAAGUUACGACGAGAAUGCCAACCCAUCAAUUACGAACGAAUUUGCCACGGCUGCCUUCCGUAUGGGACACUCUCUCAUCCAGGGUGCAAUGAAUUUAGUGGAGGAAGACGGUAAAGUCCGAGUGGAACUGAUGCGAAACUGGUUCAACAAUCCUUCUUUACUUCGCCAAGCUGGCAUAUUGGACGCUGUAUUGCGAGGAAUGAUCGACCAGUGGCCCCAAAAGGUAGACGAAUGGGUCUCUGAGGACGUAACGAAUCAUCUUUUUCAAAGACCAAAAACAGAUUUUGGAUUGGAUCUUGUAGCUCUCAAUAUAUGGCGCGGACGUGAACACGGCCUUCCUGGUUACAACAAGUACCGUCAAGUUUGCGGAUUGUCGCCUAUGACCAAUUUUCAGGAUCUCUUGAAAGUCAUGGAUCGUUCAGUAGUGGAUCGUUUGGCUUCGGUUUAUCGCUCUGUCAACGACAUUGACCUUUUUAUUGGUGGCCUAGUUGAGCGCCAUUUACCUGGGUCAAUGCUCGGUCCUGUUUUCUCGUGUAUAAUUGCUGAUCAAUUUGCACGUUUGAAGGAUGGAGACCGUUUCUUCUACGAACACGGUGGACAUCCGAAUUCAUUUUCAUCAGCUCAGUUGCAAGAAAUCCGUAAAAUGAGUUUAGCAGCGAUCAUCUGUGACAACGCUGACCAUUUAUUCAAGGUUCAGCCGUUAGUUUUCCGCCAUCCUUCACCUACGAAUCCUCGUGUUAACUGCAAAUCGUCAACAAUUUCACGAAUGAAUCUUGCUGCCUGGAAAAAGUAAUCUACUAUUUAAGAUUUUACUCCACAAUUACCCUAUAACAGAUUUUGAUCGAAGUUUAUUUAUAUGAAACUAAAAAAACAAACCUUUUCCACACAGUUUAUUGAAAUUUUUCUAGUUUUGAAGUAUAGUUUAUAUAUUCUGUAAUUUAAAUACAAACAUCUCUAAAGCAA